UAUAUUGGGGAAAAAGAACCUGGGUUAACGGUCUCUCACUCUCUCCCCCAUAUAUACUCGAUCUUCUUCAUUACUCCGCUCCUCACUGAAAACUGGGGCAUUGAUUUAUCUGAGUUAGGGUUUUUUAUUCUGAAAUUAAAUCAUCUGGUAAAAGUUGAAGAGAGAAAAAAGAGAGCAAAAAUGGAAGCAACAGCAACAGGAAGAGAGAAAAUUGCAUUGUCCGCCAUGGAUGCGUUUGAGAAGCUUGAGAAAGUUGGAGAAGGUACUUAUGGCAAGGUUUAUCGUGCUAGGGAGAAAUCUACUGGGAAGAUCGUUGCUCUCAAGAAGCUCGUCUUCACGAAGACGAUGAAGGUGUUCCUCCUACCACUCUUCGCGAGGUCUCUUUGCUUCGUAUGCUUUCUCGUGAUCAUCAUGUCGUCAGGUAAGAAGAAAAACUAGAGCUGGCAUUUUCAGGAUUAUGUUUUCGGCCUGAACUAUUACUCCGCAUUUUCACAUUCAGAGAAUGCAAACAUUUUCUUUAACAGUUUGGAGAUUUGAGAAACCACUUGACCGAUUUCAUGGAUGAUGCUAAUACUGCAGACAAAUACAGUGCAAACAAGAAGCAGCUCGGUCAAUUAAUUGACAUUUACUGAUCAAUUUAAUUAUAUGAUUUGCCAAAGAGCUAUUCAUUUUCUUGUUCCUUCCAUGAAAUGACUUCUAAAAUACAGAUCAGAGGUAACUGUUAGUAGAAAUGAGUUCAAUUUUUUCAGUGUUGUGUACUGGUUUUGUCAAAUCUGUACUGCUAUAUAUGCAGUUCAGUCAUUUUCCAAACUAAGAUAAGUUUUUGAGAUGAGUUUAUACCAUGGAGAAUCGGAUUA